CCUCAUUUUCGUCUCCCCUUCUCUCCAAUUUCGUUCGCGCAUUAAAUCAAAGCUUUUAAAAUUGGGGCAUCGAGAUUGGGGGAGAUCGACAGAUGCUGUUGGCGAACGAUUUUAGGGUUUCGGUCGGGGUCUCGAGUGGAGGAAGAAGCCGCCGUCGCAAUCGCCGCCGCCUCCGGCGAUCCCGCGGGGUCCGAUCAAGGUGGGAUUGGGGACGCGAGCGGUCGCCGGGUCGUUCGGAUCUUUGAACGUCGCCGGGAGCGAGGAGGAGCUGAGGAUGUGCGCGGCCGCGGCGGCCGGGGACAUGGUGGUCAGGGGAUUCAGCCAUGAGAGCGAGCACGACCUCGCGGCGCUCGUUAGCGAUUUCUUGGAGAACGGGAGCAGCGGGGCCGAGUCGUGGUAUAGUAGCGAUAGCGAUUCGGGGUUCUCUGAUCUCCAUCAUCUUGCUGAGAGAAUUCUGUUCUGGAAACGAACAGUAGAGCAAUAUGAGAUUGAUCUGUUAUCAGCCGUCCAUUCUUUUAUAGUUUCAAUAAAUGAACUUGAGCUUCAAAUUGCCAAUGAUGGACAAUGCUAUGCCAGUUGUAUACGAGAGUCACUUGUAAAACUUUUGAAAUCCUCUGGUUAUGAUGCAGCCGUUUGCUCAUCCAAAUGGCUUGGUGACGGAAAAUUCCCUGGAGGUGAUCAUGAGUACAUCGAUGUUGUGACAAAUGGAAACAAUGGGGUUUCUGAGCGUUUGAUCAUUGAAAUAGACUUCCAGAGCCACUUUGAGAUAGCAAGGGCAGUAGAAUCUUACGAAGCAAUCCUGUCAUCACUUCCUGUAGUCUAUGUUGGUUCCCUGGAGAGACUCGAUCAGUUCUUGCGGAUAAUGGUGGAAGCUACUAGAUGGUCACUUAAGCAGAACUCAAUGCCUCUUCCUCCAUGGAGAUCCUUGCCCUAUCUCCAAGCAAAAUGGCGUUCCCCAUACGAAAGAAAAUCUGAUGCCAAUGAACCUGACCAUGGUAACCGCAACAGUUCAGUAGACCAUGAUCAAUGCGUUGAGUAUUUGAGAAGGUUGAAAACAGCUCUUUGGUCAGAUAUUGAUAUGGAACACUUGUACAAUAACUCAAUCCCUAGUGACAAGAAGUGCGAUAAGAAGCGCAGGAUGAAAUUUGAGAGGAGACAGAGGCCCUCUCUGCUCAGAAUUUAACGGACCGGAGCCAAGCAGAGAGCACAAUUUAGGUUUUGUUAUACGAUUCUUUUUGAGCAAAGGAUUGGUUUUCUUGGAAUG